CCCCUCCAGAGAAGCCUGUGAUGGUGGAGCUGAGCUGUGGGGCAGGGCCUGUCCUCGUGGUACUGGAGCUGGGACAGCCCCUGCUGUUGGAAUGUCACCUGGGGGCCACGCCCCUGGACACGCCUCUCAACGUCACCUGGCUGCAGGAUGGGUUACCCGUGCUGGAGGGGGAGGGGGACUCCCUCAGGACCCUGGCCAACGGCUCACUGCUGGUGCUGCCCACCUCUGUGGAUGGCCGGACCCCUCAGGGGGUGGAGGGGGGCUACAGCUGUGUGAGCGCCGGCCCCUUUGGAGCCCUGACCAGCCGCACCAUCACCGUUCACCUGGCCAGUGAGUAUUACUAUUUCUCAGACAGGGCGGGGCUGUGCCCGCUCAACUCCACCAGGGUCAGACUCACAUGGAAUGGCAUGAUGGUCUGGUGUCCCCACACAGGCGCACAGCCACAUUCCUCAGGGGGAUUUCUGUGCUUGGUUGAAAAUGAACUUGGUCCUCCUCUGUCUCAGACAAGGGUUUGAUUGUGUGGCUGGUCGGCCGCACCGGUGGUGUCCUGGGAACAGGUAGGCUCCACUCCGGUGGUGUCCUGGGAACAGGUAGGCUCCACACUGGUGGUGUCCUGGGAACAGGUAGGCUCCACACCGGUGGUGUCCUGGGAACAGGUAGGCUCCACACCGGUGGUGUCCUGGGAACAGGUAGGCUCCACACUGGUGGUGUCCUGGGAACAGGUAGGCUCCACACCGGUGGUGUCCUGGGAACAGGUAGGCUCCACACCGGUGGUGUCCUGGGAACAGGUAGGCUCCACACCGGGGGUGUCCUGGGAACAGGUAGGCUCCACACCGGUGGUGUCCUGGGAACAGGUAGGCUCCACACCGGUGGGCUGAGGACAGACAGGGGGAAGGGGGAAGAGCAAGAGAGUGAGUGGGAUUGAGAGAGAGGGAGAUAGAGAGAGGGUAGCAAGAGAUCCGGCUUACCCCCUCUCCUCCCUCUCCCCUCUCCUCUCCCCUCACUCUCUCCUCCCGUAGAGCUGCUUUCAUUAUCCUCUGUAAAAGUGGCAGUCUUUAUUCAGUCAUUAGCUUUGUGUAGAAUGGGACUGUAUCCUCUAUGGAGGUUCUUCCUUUUGUCAGCUGUCACAUGCCUAUUUAUGAGGAUGCCUUGUUUGGGGGGAACGAGGGGACAAUGAGGGAGGGCAGUGAGGACUGAGAGGGAUGAAGGGAGGGAGGAAGGGAGGGAGGUGGCUGAGGAGUUAGGAUUGGUGAAAAGAGAGGGAAGUAGGAAGGUAGAGGAGGAUACAUUGGGGAGGAAGGGGUGGGAGGUGACUGAGGAGUUUGGGAUGGUGAAGGCAGAGGCUGUUCUGGGAGAGAGACUAAUAAGUGUGUCCUUCAAAAGGUGUCUGUGGAGGGAGCUGGUAAAUGUAAUGUGCUGUAGACUGCUACUGCUGUGAGAUGGAUGGGCUGCUGGAGACAGGGCCAGGGGGCUGCAUGCAAUGGGCCUCAACGAGCACACUGACAUUGAGCAGACAGAGCAGAGGCCCCUUUCUGUCUCUCUUUCUGUCUGUCUGUUUCAUGUCUUUACCACCAACCAAUUAGGAGGCAGAACAACAUCACAUGAGAUAAAUGUGUGACAGUCCUUUGUCUCCAAUACCCUAAACAUGUUUUAUGUGCAUGGCUCUUCUGAAUGCUCCCUUCAUGUGACUUUGUCCAAAAAGCAAGUGAGUUUGUUAAAGAGAGUGAGAGGGGGGAGGGGUAAAUCGUGGUAGAGAAGGAGGGGAGGAGAGGAGUUGGUGGACAUGCCGACAGACAGAGAGCAGGGAAGCCAUGGGUUGUGGUUGGAGAGUACAAGGGGAGGGGAAGAAAGUUGCAAUCUGAUCGCUGAGGGGCCAAAGAAUGGGGCAGAGACAGAAAGAGGGAGAGAGAGGGGGAACGGAGAGGACAGGAGAAAGAAAGAGAGGGGAGGCACAGAGAGAACAGGAACAGACAGAGAAGGGAGAGACUAUAGAUAAACGUGCUAUGGAUUGAACUCAUAUAGAGCACAAGACAUGCUAACAGAUUUAGUAGGUACAGUAAUCAAUUUAAUCUGGUCCAUUCACUCAGUAGGUUAAUCAUUAGCCCAGUUGGCCACAACAGUUACAAGUGCUAGCUUACUUUACAGUAUUGGAUGACCUGUUAUCUAGCUAGCUGCUCUGUGUGCUCAUUGAGAAACUUUGCUCCGUUUGGGCUUUGUGUGUGUGUGUGUGUGUGUGUGUGUGUGUGUGUGUGUGUGUGUGUGUGUGUGUGUGUGUGUGUGUGUACAGUAACUCGUUUUUGCCAUGACAGUUGCUGAGCUUAUUUGUGCUGUUAGUCAGCUGAUAAUAUGUGGCUUUCUGAAGAACUGUGCCAUGUGAGAAUCAGCUCAGACAGUCAUGGAAAGUAGUUGUGACAGAUUUAUGUUUGGUCGCUAGGUAGGAUUAGUCCUUUCAUGUUUUAUGAAGCAUGGCUAAUGCGUCACAUUUGCAAAUCAUUUCCAAAUUUAUUUUUAAGUGCAUGUCUUGGGCUUUUACAGUCCAAUGGAGAAAUUAGGAAAAACUUCAGGAUGUAAGGAUGUCACUAUUUCUUCAAGUGCUUUAUGUAUGGCUGAAUGUGUAGUCUGUCACAACGGUUUGGUGAGAAUACAAUUUGAAGGUAAUCUUGGAUUGGUAUGUUCAGUUCUUUAGGACUGCGGGCUGGACAGAACAGCUUGCAACCCUGGAGCUGAUUGAUGAGGUAGUCAGAGCUCUUGUGUUUCCGCAUAAUGCCCCAACUCAGUCUGGCCUGAGGUCGGGGCCCCCUCAGCCCUAUAAGACUCAGCUCCAGGACUCACUGCUGCCCCCUGCUGUUAACUACAGUUAUUACGUGUGGGCUACAGACUUGCUGACUGCAUCUCUCUCUCUCUGUCUCUCUCUCUUUCUCUUUCUCCCUCUCUCUUGAUGUCUGUCUCUCUAUCUCUAUCUCUCUCUCCCUCACCUUUCUCCAUCACUCCCAGCGCUGUCUCGUUUCCAUCAGGACCCAGAGGCCCAGGUGGUGCCCGUGGGGGGUGCUUCCCGCUUUGAGUGCCAGAUAGAUGGAGUGCCCACGCCAAGGAUAACCUGGGAGAAGGACCAGGAACCCAUCCCCAGCCAGCCUAGGUGAAACUCACGCACACACACACGCACACACACACAUACACAAACACAAACACACACACUCACAAACACACAUGAUGAUGCACUCCAGUAGAGCCUGGCAGUAAGUGAUUGUCUGUUCUACUUGGUCCCAAUGUUGUCCCCUGAGAGAGCUCCAGCUGGCCAGCAGAGACUGGAUCUGUACUAAGGUCCAUGCUGACACUGAUCAUGUGAGGGCUGUGCUCCCUCCACCAUUCUACUUCAUUGCAUAAUGGCAGUCAGGGAAUAUCCUGAGAAUUUGGUAGGAAGUAAAAUGAAAUGAGUACAUUUUGGUCUUUUUCAGUAGUGCGGAGUUCAGAGAUAAGGGAUGGACACAGGUCUGUUGGUUUCCUCUCUGUCCGUCAGCCAGAGGCUGAAGGUCAGGGCCACAAAGUGCAGCCUGGUCACUUUCUGUGUUCUGUUUGUUCUACUCCCAAAACCCCUCCUGCAUCUCCCUUUCACAUGGCUACAGGCUGCCAGUCCAGUGCCUAGGAACUGAUGUGCUUUGAAUCUAAUUGGGUGGAAAGAUGCACAUAAUCUACUGCACAUGACUCCGCUCCCUCCCUUCUCCUCCCUGGCUUUCCUCUCUCCUCGCUCCUUUCGUCUCCCUCACGGGAGAGAUUUGGCCCUUUUAAAAUUAAGUUACACUUUUUUCCAACUGCUCUGUCCUUAUCAAUCGUAGAAAGACUGGCAGCUGUUUGUUAGUAAUUUAGAUGCAUAUCACACACACACACUUAUACAGUAUACAGGAUAAAGUGAAUUACUGUUCAUGGCUUGCCUCGGCGUGAUCAUGUGUUGAGUUGAUGGCCUGUAUAUUUUUGCCCUUCAAAGGCCAUGGCCAACAUAUGGCUGUUCACAUUACUACUUGUUUGUAUGUGUGUAACAUGGUUAAACUGACUAACAUUAUUAUAACGUUUGAGGACCAUUGCCGCUGACCAUUCUUGACCACACAGAGUGGACAAGGGCAUGAAAGGAACAGAGAGGGGGGCAGGACCAGUGUGCUAACAAUACCCUGUGCAUUGACAGCCAGGGCUGAACAGUGGACAAUCAUGUAGCGCUACUUUUAGAAACCCCCAAUUAAAGCCUUCCCGUCUGCCUGAAAACUCAAAUGCACACUCUCACAGCCGAGCAGCGGCUACACACACACACACACACACACACACACACACACACACACACACACACACACUCUCACUAGUCACCAGAAACGGUCACACUCUCAUGCUCAUUUACCCAAGCACUUAACGCUAUUGAUGUUUCUGCCUCAGCUCUGCUGUUGGCUAUACAUUUGUGCCUGCCUGACAUUAUUAGAGGCAUCUGGCUCAAAAAGGGUCUAUCCCUGUGUGACCCAAAGCCCAAUGCUGAACCACGCUGUACAGUGCUGUGAUGUUGUUGGGCUGACACACAGUGGUACUAAUGGGCAGCAGUAGAGAUGAGACCCAGACCAGAGACCAGGGUUGUGUACAGUCUCUCUGUUACAAUGAUGAGCUCUGUCUGUCUGUCUGUCUGUCUGUCUGUCUGUCUGUCUGUCUGUCUGUCUGUCUGUCUGUCUGUCUGUCUGUCUGUCUGUCUGUCUGUCUGUCAGGGGAUUAGUAGUCCAUCAUCAUAGAGUUAAAAGGCUGUGGAAUAGGAGUUGAAUAGUUGAAAGCCCAGGCCUCAGGCUCAGAGGAACCAUCCAGACGUGAGUGUGUGUGCGUGCGCGUGUGUGUGUGUGUGUGUGGAACCUGACCUGUCUUCCAUGGCAGAAGGGAGGGAGGGAGGGAGGGGGGAGGGAGGGGGAAGAGGAGCUGGUGGGAUAAAUAUUGACAAGAGUCGGCACAACCAGAAGCCAUGGCUGCUUCUAAAAGCUGUUUUGCAAUGCGCAAUCUCUCUGACCUAGAUUGAGAGCUCUUUGUUCCCUUAUAUCUAUCAGUAAAGAUUUCUAAAGAUGUAUUUAUUUCUAGUCUCUUCUUCUUCUCCCCUCUUUAUGUCUUCUCUCUCAUUAGGUAGGCAGUGGGAAUACUAUGUAUCUUGUGUCAUUUCUUUUUUCUUCCUUUCUUUUGUCUACUUUUAUUUUAGAUUCUCAAUGUUUGGACGGUGUUAUGCUAAAUAGCUGUUAGAUGUAAGGAUAGUGUAGCCUAAUGGCUGUCCCUGGAGACCUACUCCUGUAGUUCUGUAUGGUGGUAAUGAGCUGGGGAGAGAGUGUACACAGUGGGAGAUUACCAGUGAGGUGUUAUUAUCAGUGGUGGAGAAAGUACUCAAUUGUCAUUACAUUUUUUACAUUUUAGUCAUUUAGCAGACGCUCUUAUCCAGAGCGACUUACAGUUAUCACAUACAUUAUUUUAUCGAACCCACAACCCUGGCGUUGCAAACGCCAUGCUCUACCAACUGAGCUACAUCCCCUGCCGGCCAUUCCCUCCCCUACCCUGGACGACGCUGGGCCAAUUGUGCGCCGCCCCAUGGGUCUCCCGGUCGCGGCCGGCUACGACAGAGCCUGGAUUCGAACCAGGAUCUCUAGUGGCACAGCUAGCACUGCGAUGCAGUGCCUUAGACCACUGCGUCACUCGGGAGAGAUACUUGAGUAAAAGUAAAGAUACCUUAAUAGAAAAUUACUCAAGUAAAAGUAAAGUCACCCAGUAAAAUACUACUUCAGUAAAAGUCUAAAAGUAUUUGGUUUGAAAUAUACUUAAGUAUUACAAUUGAAUGGAAUUGCUCAAAUGUACUUAAGUAUCAAAAGUAAAAGUAUAAACCAUUUCAAAUUCCUUAUUUUAAGCAAACCAGACGGCACAAUUUUCUUGUUUUGUAUUUAUUGACGGAUCGCCAGGGGCACACUCCAACACUCAGACAUAAUUUACAAACGUAGCAUUUGUGUUUAGUGAGUCCACCAGAUCAGAGGCAGUAGGGAUGACCAGGGAUGUUCUCUUGAUGUGUGUGAAUCGGACCAUUUUCCUGUCAAAAUGUAAUUUUGGGUGUCAGGGAAAAUGUAUGGAGUAUGAAGUACAUUAUUUUCUUUAGGAAUGUAGUGAAGUAAAAGUAAAAGUGAGGCAAAAAUAUAAAUAGUAAAGUAAAGUACAGAUACCCCAAAAAUCGACUUAAGUAGUACUUUAAAGUAUUUGUACUUAAGUACUUUACACCACAGGUUAUUAUAUCUCUCUUCUGAGAUCUAAGCACUAGUUCUCACUUUCUCCUUUCUCUCUCCCCCCACACUCUCUCUCUCUCUCCUUCCCCCCCUCUCUCUCUCCCUUUCUCUCUCUCUCUCUCUCUCUCUCUCUCUCUCUCUCUCUCUCUCUCUCUCUCUCUCUCUCUCUCUCUCUCUCUCUCUCUCUCUCUCUCUCUCUCUCUCUCUCUCUCUCUCUCUUGCUCUCUCUCCAUCCCUCUGUCUCCAGGUUCAUCUCUCUCCCUAACGGUGUGCUCCAGAUCUUGGGGGUGGUUAAGGAGGAUGGGGGUGCGUACCGCUGUGUGGCCUCUAACUCUGCCCGGAAACGCUUCAGCCAGGAUGCCAUCCUCACUGUCACUACAGGUAUGUUAUGCUCUCUCUCUCUCUCUCUCUCUCUCUCUCUCUCUCUCUCUCUCUCUCUCUCUCUCUCUCUCUCUCUCUCUCUCUCUCUCUCGCUCUCUCUCUCUCAAUCUCUCUCUCUCUCUUUCUGAUGAAGUCUGUAGGCAAAUUAUCCCUUUGGAUGUGCUUGAUCCCUCUGUCUGGGUCUGCUCUUUCAAUGCCCUAUUUAGUGGAUGGCUUCCUGCUUAUAUGUAUUUCCUGUAAGUGUAUGCUGGAAUGAGAGAGCUAAAGAGACAGAGAUGGCUCCAGACCUAUGGUCUCAUGUCUGAUAUCAGCAGGCUGGAAGCAGUAUACACAGCCUCGCUCUGCUCUCCACACCCACGUCUCUUCACUUUUUACUAAAGGUACAUUACUAGUGGAGAUCAAUCCUAGCCUUUAAUUGGCUCUGUUAAACUUUUGUGUCUGUGGAAGGUCUAUGUCUAGGUCUAUUUUUAUGUGAGCAUUAGCGUAUUGAGCUUGUUGCCUGGACACAAGACUGAACUGUGUGGAAAUGCCUGCAACCUGUGGAACUACUAGGGAAACAGAGAUUAAUCACCUCUCUGCACCCUGCAGCAUGUCCACACACACACACACACAUAGAGACACGCACACACACAAAUAGACAUGCACACGUAGAGACACACACACAGGCAGACGCCCAAAAAUCUUGAGAUUCACAGAGACAUGCAUAGAAACAAAUGGCAGACUGAUGGUGAGGACAUUAGAUUCACUCAUUCAACUGUGCGUUAUAUUGAUGACUCGAUACUACUUGACUCACUUAUACCUUCUCUCUCUCCCACAUACGCACAGAUGCGCACACAAACACCACACACACUUUCACAUGCACACACACAUAGUCACAUACCACACAUAUUUCACACACGCAGAAAUGCACAUAAACACGCACACACAGUCACACAGACAGCCUGAGCAGGAAAUAAGUGAAGAAAUUACAGCAUUCCUGCCUUUUUCACACCACUCAGUAUCCAACAGACUGUGUGAAGUGAUGCUAACUUACAGUAGCAGGUAUUUGGUGUGACCCCAAGCCUGCUGCCUUAGAAACCUGGAGGUCAGAGAAGAAAGCACUCCCAGACUUUUUAUGAGGUGUUACGUAAAACGCACGUCAAAUCUAAUGCCAUCACAUCUCUUGCCUUCACUUUGGAAGAGGUCUAUGAAUAAAAUGCCUGAACACCAAUGCCAUCUUCCUGACAGAAUGAUGGUGAGCACAUCAACUCCACUUAUUCAAUUGUACAUUAUGUCUAUACCUUUAUAUACUGAACAAAAAUAUAAACGCAACAUGCAACAAUUUCAACGAUUUUACUGAGUUACAGUUCAUAUAAGAAAAUCAGUCAAUUGAAAUAAAUUAAUUAGGCCCUAAUCUAUGGAUUUCACAUGACUGGGCAGGGGCGCAGCCAUGGGUGGGCCUGGGAAGGCAUAGGCCACCCACUUGGCAGCCAGGCCCACCCAAUGGGGAGCCAGGCCCAGCCAAUCAGAAUGAGUUUGUCCCCACAAAAUGUCUUUAUUACAGACAGAAAUACUCCUCAGCCCCCCCCCCCUCCUUAUAUGAUCAUGCAGGUGAAUAAGCCGGAUGUGGAGGUCCUGGGCUGGUGUGGUACACGUGGUCUGCGGUUGUGAGGCCGGUUGGACAUAAUGCCAAAUUAUCUAAAACGACGUUGGAGGUGGCUUAUGGUAGAGAAAUUAACAUUAAAUUAUCUGGCAACAGCUCUGGCGGACAUUCUUGCAGUCAGCAUGCCAAUUGCACGCUCCCUCAAAACUUGAGAAAUCUGUGGCAUUGAGUUGUGUGACAAAACUGCACAUUUUAAAGUGGCCUUUUAUUGUCCACAGCACAAGGUGCACCUGUGUAAUGAUCAUGCUGUUUAUCUUGGCAAAGGAGAAAUGUUCACUAACAGGGAUGUAAACAAAUUUGUGCACUAAAUCUGAGAUAAAUACGUUUUUUGUGUGUAUGGAAAAUGUCAGGGAUUUUCAGCUCAUGAAACAUAGGACCAACACUUUACAUGUUGCGUUUACAUUUUUGUUCAGUGUACUUUCUCUCUCUCAUCCACGCAUACACACGCAUGUGCGCAUGCAACGCACACACACACACGUACACACACACUCUGAGCACAGAACUUACACAAAACCAUAUCAAGGCACAUCCUGCAAUCCUGGGAGAACUCGACUGGCCCAUUUAAAACCCUGAGCCCUCAUGCAUAACCAAGUAGUGCUGUAUGUAUGCUCAAUUAUUAAUUUAUAAUGUGCUUACAGUAUCCCAGGAACCCUGCUGGAGCUCAUUAUCAUAAUGUAGGCUCUGAGCAGAGAGACAGGCAGAGCACCCAGUCCCAGGCAGUGUGAUGGGCCUCCCUUCCUACAAUAAUUGCCCCUAGAGGCACUCACACAGAGCCACUAAAAAUAAGGGCCUCAUCUGCUCUGCUAAUGCACACUUUUACUCCUCCAAGAAAAUGAUGGAGAUUUAUUUAGUCAUAUAGUUUGGCAGAAUUACAGCACCAUGCUCUCAGAGUAAGGCCCUCACUGCCUCUCCUCCAAUAUCUGAUUCACCCCUCUCCCUGAGAUGCCCUCACUUUCUUUCUCUUCCUCCCUCCAUCUUCCCCUCAUUUACUCUCUCUGUCAAUCCAUCUCAACAAUAAGUGACUCCAAAGAGGUUUAGCAUACUAAAUAUAGAGCCUUCUUCUCCUCUCUUAAGCCCAUUGGGGUAGCUAGCUAACCUGGUUAACAUUAUUUCUGGUUUAACCAGGCUAAUAGCUAGCUCUGUCUCCUCCACUCCUCUUCCUGACAGAGCUGCUAGUUGUCCUAAACAGUGUUGGCAACAAUUUUUCAGUGAGAAUAAUGGCUCCUUGAUUUGUCGCUAGAAGUCGCUAGAUGACGUUUUGCAUUGCUGCGACGACGUCACAGCACCAAUUUGCCUUGCUGCGGCACAGCUGCGGUCCCCGACAUCACAUUUUUGCCCCCUCUCCUGCCGCAAACCCCCUCCCCUUGUGCUUCUCUACCUGUGUGUGCGCCGUUGUCUCCCAUUCUUGUUAGUGGCAGAAUUGUGUGGGAAAAGUCGCUAAAUGCUAUCAAAACCAUAGAAACUCCCCAAAGGCAGCCUGAAAAGUAGCUGAAUUUGUCGCUAGCCUCUUACCAAUAAAAGUAACUGGAGGGGUCUGAAAACUUGCUAAAUAUAGCGACAAAGUCGCUAAAUUGGUAACACUGGUCCUAACUAACCGAGAGGGCCAAGCUUUAAUCCCUGUGGGCCCAAGGGGAAACUAGAGUGGUGUCAGGUGAUCUUACCUCCCCUAUUGAGAGCUGCUGUGAUGUCAUAGUGAUGGACAGGACAGGACAGGACUGGUGGUGCUUUCAAGACAACUGGGAACUCGGGGGAAAAAAUAUGGUCAAAUCAUGACGUCAGUGAUCUUCAGGUCAGAAAGUCAGAGUUCUAGAUAAAUGCCAGAGUUUCCAACUUGGAAUUCCAAGUUGGAUGACCAUUCAAAACGAUUUUCCCAGUCAGAGCUAGUUUUUUUCUGAGUUCCCAGUUGUCUUGAACGGUUCCGAGUUGUUUUGAACGCGGCAUCGGUUCUGCUCUGCUCUCUACUGCCCCCUGCUUCCUGUCCUUACACUGAAUCCUGACAAGGGACCCAGCAUUGUCUUACAUCAGAUAGCGCCACAACUCUGCCUGCACUGAGUUCAUUAGUAGGGCAUUUGUGACACGUGGCGUUAGAAUGACGCUAUCUGAUAUAAGACAUUGAGGGUUAGAGGUGGUUGUAAGGCAGUUGUUGAUUCCUGUGUCUGUCUGUGUUGUGUCUGUGUUGUGUCUGUGAUGUGUCUGUGAUGUGUUUGUGUGCCCAGGUCCUGUCCCUGCCCAGAGUGAGGUGGUGAUCAUGGCACCUCCUCAGAAUGCCACGGUGGUGCAGGGGCAUCCAGCGGUGAUGGAGUGUGUGGCCCAGGGGGGGCAGCCCAAACCCCUGGUGUCCUGGAGCAGACAGGGUAAGACUCUCUCUCAAUCCCUCCCAUCGGUCCCUCUUCAGACUCACUACCAAUGUCACAGCGAGAGCCUGGUCCAUACUUUGGUACUAAGCUCCUGUGUCAUUCCUGUAAUAUCAUCUUCAUUGUGUUUCAUAUUUGUACCAUCGCAUUCGAUCAUCCAUCUGUUAUUUACAAGCUGUAAUUGUUGCCUUAUCCUUCCAGUUUCAGUCAUUUCAUUAUGUUAGUAGUGAGUCAUAUCAUUGAUUUCAAGGAUAAAGCGGGGUAAGCUGACCACUAAUGAAUGAUGUUGUUGGACUUACUUGACUCCUGUUUUUUGAAAUGCUUAACAAGUCUUUACCUAAGGAGACUUGUAAACAACAUAGUAGAGUGAGAAUGAAUGACGCCCUGUGAAAUUUGAGGAAUUCCCUCCUCCUGCUGUCAGAGAGUUGGCAGCUUCUCCUCUGUAUCCUCCAGCUCUAGAGCAGCAGAGACAAAACAACUCCCCUGUCAUCACAGAGAUCUCACAGUGCCACCUAGUGUUUUUAAUUGCUUUAGUUUGGUGUUUCCUGAUCUUUUUUCUCUGAAAUCGCUUGCUUCCUUUCUGCUCUCACUCCUGGACACAGAUGGGAAGCCCAUCGCCACCGACGUGGUUGUCCUGGAAACCAACCUCGUGAUCCCCAACACACGGCGUUACCAUGCGGGGGUCUACGUCUGCCGUGCCAACAAACCCAAGACCCGCGAGUUUGUCAUCGCUGCGGCUGAACUGCAUGUGCCAGGUAAGAAGAAGAGUAUGUGAGUGUGAGAAUGGGAUAUAGAUUGCAUGUUUGGCUUCGAUCUUAGAUCUCUGGUCCUCUAGUAAAUUGUAAUACAGUGGGGAGAACAAGUAUUUGAUACACUGCCGAUUUUGCAGGUUUUCCUACUUACAAAGCAUGUAGAGGUCUGUAAUUUUUAUCAUAGGUACACUUCAACUGUGAGAGACGGAAUCUAAAACAAAAAUCCCGAAAAUCACAUUGUAUGAUUUCUAAGUAAUUAAUUUGCAUUUUAUUGCAUGACAUAAGUAUUUGAUCACCUACCAACCAGUAAGAAUUCCGGCUCUCACAGAUCUGUUAGUUUUUCUUUAAGAAGCCCUCCUGUUCUCCACUCAUUACCUGUAUUAACUGCACCUGUUUGAACUCGUUACCUGUAUAAAAGACACCUGUCCACACACUCAAUCAAACAGACUCCAACCUCUCCACAAUGGCCAAGACCAGAGAGCUGUGUAAGGACAUCAGGGAUACAAUUGUAGACCUGCACAAGGCUGGGAUGGGCUACAGGACAAUAGGCAAGCAGCUUGGUGAGAAGGCAACAACUGUUGGCGCAAUUAUUAGAAAAUGGAAGAAGUUCAAGAUGACGGUCAAUCACCCUCGGUCUGGGGCUCCAUGCAAGAUCUCACCUCGUGGGGCAUCAAUGAUCAUGAGGAAGGUGAGGGAUCAGCCCAGAACUACACGGCAGGACCUGGUCAAUGACCUGAAGAGAGCUGGGACCACAGUCUCAAAGAAAACCACUACGUCGUCAUGGAUUAAAAUCCUGCAGCGCACGCAAUGUCCCCCUGCUCAAGCCAGCGCAUGUCCAGGCCCGUCUGAAGUUUGCCAAUGACCAUCUGGAUGAUCCAGAGGAGGAAUAGGAGAAGGUCAUGUGGUCUGAUGAGACAAAAAUAGAGCUUUUUGGUCUAAACUCCACUCGCCGUGUUUGGAGGAAGAAGAAGGAUGAGUACAACCCCAAGAACACCAUCCCAACUGUGACGCAUGGAGGUGGAAACAUCAUUCUUUGGGGAUGCUUUUCUGCAAAGGGGACAGGAUGACUGCACCGUAUUGAGGGGAGGAUGGAUGGGGCCAUGUAUCGCGAGAUCUUGGGCAACAACCUCCUUCCCUCAGUAAGAUCAUUGAAGAUGGGUCGUGGCUGGGUCUUCCAGCAUGACAACGACCCGAAACACACAGCCAGGGCAACUAAGGAGUGGCUCCGUAAGAAGCAUCUCAAGGUCCUGGAGUGGCCUAGCCAGUCUCCAGACCUGAACCCAAUAGAAAAUCUUUGGAGGGAGCUGAAAGUCCGUAUUGCCCAGCGACAGCCCCGACACCUGAAGGAUCUGGAGAAGGUCUGUAUGGAGGAGUGGGACAAAAUCCCUGCUGCAGUGUGUGCAAACAUGGUCAAGACCUACAGGAAACGUAUGAUCUCUGUAAUUGCAAACAAAGGUUUCUGUACCAAAUAUUAAGUUCUGCUUUUCUGAUGUAUCAAAUACUUAUGUCAUGCAAUAAAAUGCAAAUUAAUUACUUAAAAAUCAUACAAUGUGAUUUUCUGGAUUUUUGUUUUAGAUUCCGUCUCUCACAGUUGAAGUGUACCUAUGAUAAAACUUACAGACCUCUACAUGCUUUGUAAGUAGGAAAACAUGCAAAAUCGGCAGUGUAUCAAAUACUUGUUCUCCCCACUGUAUAUGUGUUGCUGUGAAGGAUUUUUUUUCCUAAGAAAGAUGUUUCUCUAUUCGUAUUCUCCCAGCCCCACCAGUGAUCCUCCAGCCCCCAGAGACGGUGUCUCUCUCUCGGGGAAACACAGCAAGGUUUGUGUGUAACAGCUCUGGGGAGCCUCCCCCGGCGCUGCACUGGCUGAAGAAUGGCAAGCCAGUCAAGUCUAACGGGCGGGUGAAGACCCAGAGCCCUGGGGUUCUGCUCAUCAACCAGCUGGGCCUGGAUGACGCAGGGUACUACCAGUGCAUCGCUGACAACGCUCUGGGAACGGCCUGUGCUACAGCCAAGCUGUCUGUCAUCGUGAGAGAAGGUCUACCCAGCCCGCCACGCCAGCUCUCUGCCACACCCCACUCAAGCACCACCGCCCUCCUCACCUGGGAACGGCCCGAACACAACAGCGACCAGAUUAUAGGCUUCUCUGUGCACUACCAGCCAACUUCAGGUGUGUGUGUGUUUGUGUGUGUGUGUUUGAUGGACAAACCUAUAGGCCUGUACGUAUGAUAUCUAUGCACAAGGAUGCUAGCUAGUUUCAAGUGUAUAGGCAUUAACAUGCAUUGGUGUCUGGUUCAUCGGUAGCAUGGUAAAGAAUGACACUGUCAGGUCAAGCUGAGUGUGUCCUGUGCUCCUGGUAAAACACUGAACUUGUAUGGUCCACAGGCUCUGAUAACAUGGAAUACCAGUUUGCUGUGAACAACGACACCACAGAGUACCAUGUGAAGGAGCUACUGCCACACACAACCUAUACCUUCUACGUGGUGGCCUACUCCCCCAUGGGAGCCAGCCGCCCGUCACUGCCCGUCACCGUGGAGAUGCUGGAGGACGGUGAGUAGGCAUGAAGACCAAAGACCUCACUUCUCAAAGGAAAAUAACAGUGACACAGUUAGAUCUAAUGCAUCUAUAUGACAGCCUACAUGAGUCAUCAUACACUUGAGGAUAAAUAGAACGUAUGACACGGUCAAUUUUAAUACAACCUAUUUUAUACAUGAAUGACACACCAAAGUAGAUAUUGUUGCCCGAUAAUGUAAUGAAUAAAGUGGUAUAGUGGCCUGUAGAAUAGUAUGGGUGAUGUGUGGAUACUAACAGUGUCCUUGUACCUGAUCUGACAUGAUCUACUCCCCAGUGCCCCUCCAGAGUAUAUGAUAGGCUACUUAAGUCAACAGACACUAGCUGUAAUGCAAACUACAGUGCAUUCAGAAAGUAUUCAGACCCCUUGACCUUUUCCACAUUUUGUUACAUUACAGCCUUGUUCUAAAAUGGAUGAAAUUAUUUUUUUCCCCUCAUCAAUAUACACACAAUACCCCAUAAUGACAAAGUGAAAACAGGUUUUUAGAAUUUUUUGCACAUUUAUUAAAAAUAAAAAACAGAAAUAUCUUAUUUACGUAAGUAUUCAGACCCUUUGCUAUGAGACUCGAAAUUGAGCUCAGGUGCAUCCUGUUUCCAUUGAUCACCCUUGAGAUGUUUCUACAACUUGAUUGGAGUCCACCUGUGGUAAAUUCAAUUCAUUGGACAUGAUUUGGAAAGGCGCACACCUGUCUAUAUAAGGUCCCACAGUUGACAGUGCAUGUCAGAGCAAAAACUAAGCCAUGAGGUCGAAGGAAUUGUCCGUAGAGCUCCGAGACAGGAUUGUGUUGAGGCUCAGAUCUGGGGAAGGAUACCAAAAAAUGUCUGCAGCAUUGAAGGUCCUCAAGAACACAGUCGCCUCCAUCAUUCUUAAAUGGAAGAAGUUUGGAACCACCAAGAUUCUUCCUAGAGCUGGCCGCCCAGCCAAACUGAGCAAUCGCGGGAGAAGGGCCUUGGUCAGGGAAGUGACCAAGAACCCGAUGGUCACUCUGACAGAGCUCCAGAUUUCCUCUGUGGAGAUGGGAGAACCUUCCAGAAGGACAACUUCACCAAUCAGGCCUUUAUGGUAGUGGGCAGACGGAAGCCACUCCUCAGUAAAAGGCACAUGACAUCCCGCUUGGAGUUUGCCAAAAGGCACCUAAAGGACUCUCAGACCAUGAGAAACAAAAUUCUCUGGUCUGAUGAAACCAAGAUUGAACUCUUUGGCCUGAAUGCCAAGUGUCACGUCUGGAGGAAACCUGGCACCAUCCCUACGGUGAAGCAUGGUGGUGGCAGCAUCAUGCUGUGGGGAUGUUUCUCAGCGGCAGGGACUGGGAGACUAGUCAGGAUUGAGGGAAAGAUGAACGGAGCAAAGUACAGAGAGAUACUUGAUGAAAACCUGCUCCAAAGCGCUCAGAACCUCAGACUGGGGCGAAGUUCACCUUCCAACAGGACAACAACACUAAGCACACAGCCAAGACAACGCAGGAGUGGCUUCGGGACAAGUCUCUGAAUGUCCUUGAGUGGCCCAGCCAGAGCCCAGACUUGAACCCGAUCGAACAACUCUGGGGAGACCUGAAAAUGGCUGUGCAGCAACGUUCCCCAUCCAACCUGACAGAGCUUGAGAGGAUCUGCAGAGAAGAAUGGGAGAAACUCCCCAAAUACAGGUGUGCCAAGCUUGUAGCGUCAUACCCAAGAAGACUCGAGGCUGAUAUCGCUGCCAAAGGUGUUUCAACAAAGUACUGAGUAAAGGUUCUGAAUACUUAAGUAAAUGUGAUAUUUCAGUUUUUUAUGUUUAAUAAAUUUGCUAAAAUUCCUAAAAACCUGUUUUUGCUUUGUCAUUAUGAGGUAUUGUGUGUAGAUUGAUGAGGGGGGAAAAAUAAUUUAAUCAAUUUUAGAAUAAUGCUGUAACAUAACAAAAUGUGGAAAAAGUCAAAGGGUCUGAAUACUUUCCGAAUGCACUGUAUAUGAUACAUGAAUGAUGCCCCAAAGUAGUUAUCGUUUCCUGUCAACUAUGUGAUUCUACUGGGUUGUUAAGUGAUAAUGUGAUGAAUAAAGUGGUUGACCUAUACGUAUAGCCUUGAUUAUAUGUUCAAUGUAUGGAUACUAAGAAUGUCCUGCCAUGCUCUACCCCACAGUACCCAGUGCCCCUCCACAGCUGUCCCUGCUCAGCACCUCCCCUACAGACAUCAGAGUGAUGUGGCUGCCCCUGUCCUCCCAGCACAGCAGAGGAGCUGUCACCCGCUACCGCAUCGACUACUGCAAACUGGAACAGGGUGAGCACAGCGCCAUCUACUGGCACGGAUGCCACAGGACUACACUGCUGUCCUGUAUUAUUACAACGCUGUCCUGUAUUAGAAUGUGGUGGUACAUGUGUUCAUGUUUCAGUAAGGCACAAACCCAAAUCAGUGCAUGAUUUAUGCAACCAUAAAGCAUCGACAUCUAAAGUUAGGAUUCCUGUAGUAGCGUAGGAUGUUAAUUAUGCCUGAAUGUGUGCCUGUUUGUGUGCUUACAUCUAUGUUUAUGCCCUGUUGGCAUGUACAGUGGGGAAAAAAAGUAUUUAGUCAGCCAGCAAUUGUGCAAGUUCUCCCACUUAAAAAGAUGAGAGAGGCCUGCAAUUUUCAUCAUAGGUACACGUCAACUAUGACAGACAAAUUGAGGAAAAAAAAUCCAGAAAAUCACAUUGUAGGAUUUUUUAUGAAUUUAUUUGCAAAUUAUGGUGGAAAAUAAGUAUUUGGUCACCUACAAACAAGCAAGAUUUCUGGCUCUCACAGACCUGUAACUUCUUCUUUAAGAGGCUCCUCUGUCCUCCACUCGUUACCUGUAUUAAUGGCACCUGUUUGAACUUGUUAUCAGUAUAAAAGACACCUGUCCACAACCUCAAACAGUCACACUCCAAACUCCACUAUGGUCAAGACCAAAGAGCUGUCAACGGACACCAGAAACAAAAUUGUAGACCUGCACCAGGCUGGGAAGACUGAAUCUGCAAUAGGUAAGCAGCUUGGUUUGAAGAAAUCAACUGUGGGAGCAAUUAUUAGGAAAUGGAAGACAUACAAGACCACUGAUAAUCUCCCUCGAUCUGGGGCUCCACGCAAGAUCUCACCCCGUGGGGUCAAAAGGAUCACAAGAACGGUGAGCAAAAAUCCCAGAACCACACAGGGGGACCUAGUGAAUGACCUGCAGAGAGCUGGGACCAAAGUAACAAAGCCUACCAUCAGUAACACACUACGCCGUCAGGGACUCAAAUCCUGCAGUGUCAGACAUGUCCCCCUGCUUAAGUCAGUACAUGUCCAGGCCCGUCUGAAGUUUGCUAGAGUGCAUUUGGAUGAUCCAGAAGAGGAUUGGGAGAAUGUCAUAUGGUCAGAUGAAACCAAAAUAGAACUUUUUGGUAAAAACUCAACUCGUCAUGUUUGGAGGACAAAGAAUGCUGAGUUGCAUCCAAAGAACACCAUACCUACUGUGAAGCAUGGGGGUGGAAACAUCAUGCUUUGGGGCUGUUUUUCUGCAAAGGGACCAGGACGACUGAUCCGUGUAAAGGAAAGAAUGAAUGGGGCCAUGUAUCGUGAGAUUUUGAGUGAAAACCUCCUUCCAUCAGCAAGGGCAUUGAAGAUGAAACGUGGCUGGGUCUUUCAGCAUGACAAUGAUCCCAAACACACCGCCCGGGCAACGAAGGAGUGGCUUCGUAAGAAGCAUUUCAAGGUCCUGGAGUGGCCUAGCCAGUCUCCAGAUCUCAACCCCAUAGAAAAUCUUUGGAGGGAGUUGAAAUUCUGUGUUGCCCAGCGACAGCCCCAAAACAUCACUGCUCUAGAGGAGAUCUGCAUGGAGGAAUGGGCCAAAAUACCAGCAACAGUGUGUGAAAACCUUGUGAAGACUUACAGAAAACGUUUGACCUGUGUCAUUGCCAACAAAGGGUAUAUAACAAAGUAUUGAGAAACUUUUGUUAUUGACCAAAUACUUAUUUUCCACCAUAAUUUGCAAAUAAAUUCAUUAAAAAUCCUACAAUGUGAUUUCCUGGAUUUUUUUUUCUCAUUUUGUCUGUCAUAGUUGACGUGUACCUAUGAUGAAAAUUACAGGCCUCUCUCAUCUUUUUAAGUGGGAGAACUUGCACAAUUGGUGGCUGACUAAAUACUUUUUUUCCCCACUGUAUAUCAGUAUGCAACAACAGAGAGACAGACAGGCAGUAGUUGUUGGGGAGUGUGUCCUGAAUGACUACAAAAGACUCUUAAACUCAGUCAAACACAUUUUGGCUCAAAGAACAACUGUGGAUUCUAAGCAUUAAGUAUUGAAGAGUGACUUGGGGUAUAAGCCCAAAGCAUAAAGUGUUCUAUGUUCUAUCCAUGGUAUAUAAGGAGUCAUCGAGUCUUGCAUAAUAAGUGUGGCAUACCAGGAGGUUUGGUCAAGACGUUUACACAGAUCAGACAUGGACAGAAUUGUAUUAGCUCGGUUUCAAGGGUGUUUAUUUAAAUAAUAAACAAAGAGAAAAUAAUAGGUCUCCUCCAGGAGACCUCCGGGAUACCGUCUUCUGGGCUCCGGUGUCUUGCUGUAUCCUGUAGGGAACAAAACCGAGCUCCCUCCGUUAUCUCUGGUACUGAGCACUAAUAUAUGGGAGUAACCUCUCUUCCCCACCCACAUGUGCUGACCUUCUGGCAGCUUUAUGGGACUCAUCCAGCUGGUGAGCAAUCAGCCCCUUGAUUACUCACCAACCACAAUCAGCUCCAAUUAGUCCUGGCCGGAGAGCCCGUCGAGACCUGCCCCGUCCAGCAGAGGGAGCCAUCGCUGCGUGAUGUAGACUCGAUGAGUGUCCCCCUGGUGGCGAACCUGCGGUACGCCACCCCCCCUAGCUCUGACGGGGAGGGGGCUGUCGUCAAUGUGACGUAUGUCUCCCUUCUCAAUAGGGCAUCCGCGUUCCCAUGCUUCGCCCCGACCUGUGCCCAACAGAAAAAGAGAAGCGUUGAAGGGACAAGAACCACCUGGUGACCCGAUCAUUUUUGGCCCUUCCCCUGGCCAUCCAGACCAGGGGAGCAUGGUCUGUGACCAGGGUGAAGUGGGUGCCCAACAGGUAAUACUUGAGAAUGUCUAGCACCCACUUCACCGCUAGACACUCUUUCUCGACAAUCUAGUACUUUUUUUCUCUGGGUAUUAGCUUUCGGCUUAUGUACAUGAUGGGGUGCCCCUCCCCAUCGUGUACCUGGGACAGGACGGCCCCUAGUCCCGUGUCGAAUGCGUCUGUCUGGACCAACAUCGGUACCUGGAAAUUGGGCGUUACGAGAAUCGGAUGGGAGCACAGUGCUUCCUUCAGGCGGCUGAACGGCGCUUCGGUCUCGCCCGUCCAUUUCACUGUUUUCGGGAGGCGGGCCCUGGUUAGAUCGGUAAGGGGGAGGCUAUAGCCACAAAGUUGGGGAUAAACAGGCUGUAGUAUCCUGCCAGUCCCAGGAAGGACUCGACCUGUGUCUUGGUGCGUGGUACAGCCAGUCACGUACCGCGUGGACCUUCCUCUCUUGGGGCUUGACGUUCCCCUGUCCGAUCAAAUACCCCAGGUACUCCACCUCCUCGAACACUAGCUUGCAUUUCUUGGGGUUCGCUGUCAACCCGGCUUGUCUGAGCGUGUCCAGCACCGCCUGGAGGCGCGUUCAGUGCUCUUGGCUGUGGAUGAUGAUAUCAUCCAAAUAGGCCGCUGCAUACUGUUGUUGGGAUCGGAGGACUCGGUCCAUUAGGCGCUGGAACGUGGGCGGGGUUCCGUGGAGACUGAAUGGGAGCACCCGGUACUGAUAUAAGCCGUCCGUUGUCAAAAACGCUGUCUUCUCCCGGGAGGAGUCUGCCAACGGUACCAGACAAUAUCCUUUGGUCAGGUCGAGGGUGCUGAUGUAUCGGGCCUUUCCCAAUCGGUUGAUGAGCUCAUCCACCCUUGGCAUAGGUUAGGCGUCGAACAAGCUGAUGUUGUUCACACACAGGAAGUCAUUACAGAAGCACAGGCCACCGUCCAGUUUGGGCACCAACACGAUGGGGCUGCACCAUGCACUGUGGGACUCUUUGAUCACCCACAUCCUCAGCACGGCCUUCCUUCGGGCCUCGGGGAUCCGGUAUGGCCUCUUUCGUACCGUUUCCCCGGGCCGGGUGUGGACGUGGUGUUCAAUGAGGGUCGUGCGGCCCGGCUUCCCGGAGAACACCGCCGUAUUCCGAUCAACGAGCUCCCGGAGCGUUUGCUUCUGGGCUGGGUCGAGGUCCUCAUUACUCGGGACCACCUCUGGUACCUUUGGUGUCCUGGGUCCCGACCAUCACACGGCCAAGGCUGUCCUCUCGUGCCACCUCUUCAAUAGGUUCACAUGGUACAUUUGUUGGGGUUUCCGUCUCCCCGACUGCCGUACGCCCUAUGGAUGCAUUCCAGCUUCUCUAUCACCUCGUACGGCCCGUGCCAUGUUGCCAGGAACUUACUUUCUGCCGUGGGGAUUAAGGCCAGCACUUUGUCUCCCACCUGGAAUUCUCGGGGCUGGGUUCCCCAAUUGUAGACCUGGGCUUGGGCGCGUGGGCCUUCUCCAUAUGUUCCCUUACCACUGGCCAUAUGGCUGUCAUCCGCUCCCUCAUCGUCUCCACGUGUUCUACCAUGCUGCUUAAGGGGGUCGGCUGGGCUUCCCACACCUCCUUGGUGAGGUCCAGUAUGCCGCAUGGCCUCCUCCUGUAGAGGAGUUCGAAUGGGGAAAACCCAGUGGAUGACUGGGGCACUUCUCGGACCGAGACCAUUAGGUGGGGUAGUAGCUGGUCCCAGUUCUUCCCGUCCUGCUCGAUGACCUUCCGCAGCAUUUGUUUGAGCGUUUUAUUGAACCCCUCGACGAGCCCAUCCGGCAUCCCCUCGGACUCCGACUCCGGACCCAUAGAUACGGGGUAUGUCAACCAUUUGCUUCCGGGCCAUGCAGGCGAUGGGCCACGAACCUCCAGUCGUGGACCAGUUGGGCUCGAUGGGCCUAGGCUGUACCCGUAGCGGCUGAGUAUCUCCCGUUUGAGACCGUUGUAGUAAGCCGCCUGUUCGUCGUUAAGGUCACAAAUACGCCUUUUGGGCAUUCCCGGACAGGAACAGGGCCAGCAGACUUGCCCACUUAGGCCUUGGCCAUCCUUCCCGUAGCGCUGUCCGUUCAAACGUGCAGAGGUAUGUUUCGAUGUCGUCGACCUCUGUUAGCUUGAUUAAAAACUGGUUUGGAUGCGAUUCAGUAGGCGUUCCUCCUUGCAGCUUCCUGAUUUCCUCAACGAGGCGGACAUUUUGUAGCCGCUGUUCCUCCAGCGUUCUUUCCUGAACCGUCUGUUUUGCUUGUUAGGCCCGAACGAACUGAGGCUAUCAACUCGUUUAUGCUGAUGCUGCGUACCCUGAUCUGACCACGUUAUCAGAAUGCCCGCAUCCUCCACCACUUGUGGCAGACCAGGGGGUUUGGUCAAGACGUUUACACAGAUCAGACACGGACAGAAUUGUAUUAGCUUGGUUUAAAGGGUGUUUAUUUAAAUAAUAAACAAAGAGAAAAGAAUAGGUCUCUUCCAGGAGACCUCCUCCGGGAUACCGUCUUCUGGGCUCCGGUGUCUUGCUGUAUCCUGUGGGGAACAAAACCGAGCUCCCUCCAUUAUCUCUGGGACUGCGCACAACUAUAUGGGAGUAACCUCUCUUCCCCAGUCCCCACCCCCAUGUGCUGCCCUUCUGGCAGCUUUAUGGGACUCGUCCAGCUGGUGAGCAAUCAGCCCCUUGAUUACUCACCAACCACAAUCAGCCCCAAUUAGUCCUGGCCGGAAAGCCCGUUGAGACCUGGCACGUCCAGCAGAGGGAGCCAUCGUCGCGUGAUGUAGACUCCGUCUGUCACCAGGCCUCGACGAGUCUCCCCCUGGUGGCUAACCUGCGGUACGCCACAUAAGAUAAUGGAUAAUGGUGAUAGUAUGCCAUGAGUGGCCUUGCAUGAAGAUGGGCUGCAUCUAAUGUGUGUGUAUGUGUGUGUUUCCUGCAGUGGACAAUGUGUUGUCUGUGGAGGUGGGGGGGAAUGAGACUCAGCUUACCUUGCGGGAGCUGCAGCCUAACCAGGCCUAUCGACUGCGGAUGGCAGCGGGAACGAGAGCAGGCUUUGGUGUGCCAUCUGAGUGGGCUCAGCACCACACCCCAGACCACUUUAACCACAGCAUGGGUGAGACCUCUCUCUCUUUCCCUCUUUCUCUCUCUCUCUCACACACACACAAACACACCCUUCAACUUUGGCAUCAAUAGCCUACACUAUGUGAAAGUAUCCACCACAAUCAGUGACCUGACCCGGUAUGGUCCUUAUUUUAUUUAACCUUUAUUUAUCCAGGUAAUCUCAAUGAGAUCAAAUCUAUUUUUCAAGAGAGACCUAGGUCCAAUCAAGACAGCAGCAGGGGGGAACAAAGUUUCAGACACAUCUCAGGCAUACAGUAAUAACUUAAAGACAGAAGCACACCAUAAACAAAUUAUAGAUGUAGACAAAUAGAUAUCCAUAUAUAUUAUUAUUAUCCUUGUCCAAAGAGCAGCCUUCACUUUCCCAUUAUCAUCCUAUAACUGUAACCAUACUAGCACUGAAAAGAACACUGCAGCCUUUCAUUCAAGCUGACUGUUCAUGGCUGGGCAAUGUCAGGUUGUGUAUACACCUUCUCCUACACAUUUGCAUCAGCCAUACAAUUGCUCUCCAUUCAAGGGCAAGGCAACGCGGCUGACUCUGUGCCUCUUACAAUGUGUGUGUGUGUGUGUGUGUGUGUGUGUCUGAGGUUCUUGGGAAAGGCAGAAGAUUAAUUUCUAAGAAAUGGACAGAAAUCUAUACAAUCCUUUUCUAUUGAGUGACUGAGCUCUCACAAAUUCCCUUAAUGCACACGAGAAGAAAAUAUGUUAAUGCACACAAUAAGAAAAUCUCUCUGAAUAGGACCUCAUUGUCAGUUCAUGUGGAUUACUGGAAGCUGCUGAGGGGAGGACGGCUCAUAAUAAUGUCUGGAAUAGAAUAAAUGGAAUGGUAUUAAAACACAUAGAAAACAUGUGUUUGAUGUGUUCGAUACCAUUUCAUUAAUUACUAUAAGCCAUUACUAUUACUGUAAGCCCGUCCUCCCCACUUAAUGUGGCACCUGUUCUAGUUACAGGUCUAUAUAAUUACAUGAUUUACUGUUAUAGCCAUUAGGAGAUUGGUAAAUUGAGUUGGUAAAAUAAAUCAAUGUCUGGAUCUUGUUUUCUUGAAUCAUGUUAUGAGCGCUAGUAAUGUUAUUUCACGCAGGCUCCUUGUUUGCUUUUCGGUCUUUCCCAGUGAUCUUUGCUCCCACAGAACUGAAGGUUAGGGCCAAAAUGAACUCCCUCCAUGUCACAUGGCAACCCCCGCCCAAUCACACGCAGAUCUCCGGCUACAAGCUAUUUUGCAGGGAGGUGGUUGGUGAGGAUCUGACCAAUGGGGAGGCUCAUCCUGAGAGGGAGAGGGUCAGGAGGAUGGAGGCCCAUACCAUCAAGCUCCGUAAGAGAAUCAAACAUCAUGAGGUCACUAGUCUGGGUGAGUCUGGGAUGUUCACAUGCCAAUGUUGUUUAAAUCACUUUCUACUGCUACAGGUGAUAUUAUUUGUAUGGAAAAAUUUGACUAUUAAUAAUAUGUUUGGAACUCGUGGUCAUUAUGCCAGGCUUUCUUGUGGUUAUGUAUAAUUUGGUGUGUUUAUGUGUUGAGAUACAUUUCUAUAUAUUUCUGUGUGUGUGUCAGUUCCUGACAGACUAUAUGAAGUGAAGGUGUGGGCCUUCAAUAAGCAGACGGAUGGCUAUGCUGCAGGAUGGAAGGGCAGGACGGAGAAGGCACAUGGCAAAGGUCUGUCUAUUUAUCGGUGUGUGUGUCUCUGUGUGUGUGCGUGCAAGUUUGUGUGUCAGUGUGUCUGUCUGUCAGUGUUAGAGUUAAAGAAAGUCUGUACAAUACCAAUAUUUGUGUAUAAACUGGCUGUGUGUGUGUUUUUACAGCGCCCCCUAAGGGGAACCCCCCUCCACUGCCCCCCAGCAGCAUCAAGGCUACAGCCAACAGCUCCACAUCCAUCUGGCUGCGCUGGGAGAAACCUCGCUUCAGCAACGUCCGCAUCAUCAACUACACUGUACGCUGUAGCCCGGCCGGCAUUAGAAACGCAUCGCUUGUGUCCUACUACACCAGGUCAGUCAGGGACCACCACCACCCCAAACUGGACCUGGGUCACACACAGGAUAAUUGAAGAGAUAUCCAGCCUCUCUUGGAGGAAAAUGGAAGUUCCAACUUCUAAUAUCUGAAGUUCGAUCAGAUUAAAGAAGCGCUUUUUAUGAAAUGGAAUAUUUCUUCCAGAAUGGCUAAAUCGAUGUUCAGGUUAUGAAUGGAAGGAAGGAUGUGUCCCAUUUGUGACUCUUCAUUCAUUCAUUCAUUUUUUCUCUCCCAAACGUGUUUUGCAGCUCUGCUCAGGAGAUCCUCUUGGGGGCGCUAAAACCCUACACCCGCUACGAGCUGGCUGUGCAGUCCAAUGGAGUAGACGUGGUUGGUCCCUUCAGCGGCACCGUGGAGGAGUCCACUCUCACUGACAGUAAGUCUCUACUCUUCUCAUCAGUGUAGUGGAAAAAUCUAUGCAUCAGUGUAACAUAUAGGUGGAUGUUUGUAUUCAAUAUGCUCUGUCGCUCACUUUCUCUUCCUCUGUGUGGGUGUUUUUUGUUUCUGACAGUGGUGUGUAGUUGGUUGGUGUAUGUGUGUGUGUGUGUGUUUUUGUUUUACUAUCCUUGUGGGUGCCAGAAGUCCUAUAUAGUAAAACAAGGAAAAUCUGGACCAGUGGGGAGAUUUUGACGGUCCCCACAAGGAAAAAUUAUAUUUUAGGCUUAGGGGUUAGGUUUAGGGUUAGGGUUACAAUUAGGGUUACAAUUAAGGUUGGGGUUAGGGUUAGGGGUUACGGUUAGGGUUAGGAGUUAGGGUUAGGUUAGUUUUAGGGCUAGGGGUUUGGGGUUAAGGUUAGGGUUAUGGUUAGGUUAAGGUUAGAGUUAGAUGUAGGGUUAGGGUAAAUGGGAUUUUGGAUGGGAAUCAAUUCUUUGGUCCCCACAAGGAUAGCAAUACAAAACUCUGUGUGUGUGUGUGUGUGUGUGUGAGAGAGAGAGAGAGAGAGAGAGAGAGAGAGAGAGAGAGAGAUAGAGGGAGACUGAGCAAGUGUGAUUGAGGCAGGUUAACAGAGAAGGGAUUAAUCUUUAGCGGCGUAGGGAGAUAAUUGGCUGUAAUUAAAUGUCCAGAUGGAAGUGGCCCUUGUGUUGGCCAAGAGCUGUCUGGGACAGGGCCCGUCAAUCAGCUCAGCCAAGUGGUGUCAGGGAGGGGCCAGGGACGAGUGCUGAUCUAGGAUCAAGUCCUCUCUGUCCAUAUAAUCUUAUUCAUUACGAUCUAAAAGGUCAAACUGAUCCUAGAUCAGCAUUGAGACACUUUGUGAAUACUGGCCAGGAGGGGCCAGCAGGGGAUUCGUUACCAGGGCAACGAAGAAGGGGUCUUUGGUUUGACACAGCAGGGGUAGCUGCCUGCCGGACCCCAUACUACCGCCCUCUGUCACCUGAGACCCAGCCCCAGUCCCUGCCCUCUGCCCCCCCUCUAUGACCAGGUGGCAAGGGUACCUUGUCCCAGAGGGGUGGCACACCUGUCCCAGUCAACCGCACAAAGCCUGUGUGGCCAUCCCGCUGUGGUGCUUUAUUUCUGGGGUGUAAUUACUGACUUCACCCCCUGUGUCCCCAGUACCCUCCACCCCCCCAGCGGAGCUGCAGCUCAGUGCCUUGGACUCCUCCUCUGUGUUGGUGAACUGGCGCCCCCCUGUGGAGCCCAAUGGCGUCAUCAUCAGCUACAGGAUCAUAUACACCAUCAACCUCAGCCAGCCUGAGCAUCUGUGGAACAACCUCUCCCAAGAUGGUGGGUGGCUGAAGCUGCUGCUGUUGCGAGGAACUGUGUGGGUGAUAUAAGUGGAUGCAAAUGUGACUGUUAAUGACUCACACACACUCGCUCUCUCUCUCUCUCUCUCUCUCCCCCUCUCAGGGACCAUCAUGAGUGCUGAGGUAACAGGGCUGUCUAGUGGGUCACAAUACUUCUUUAAGAUGGGGGCGUCCACUGAGGUGGGGGUGGGGCCUUAUUCCCCAGUGAAGGAUGUGCACACUCCUCCCAAGAAAUAUGGUGAGUGGGUCUACUGUCUACACAUUCUGUGAUGGUGUGUGUGUGUUUGUGUGUGUGCGUCAUCACUUACAUAAGUAUCUCUCAACACUCUCAAUCACACACACACACACACACACACACACACACACAUACACACACACACACACACACACACAUAGUCCUUUAAAGUAGUUAAUCCAUCCCUGUCAGUGGGAGAGAGAGAAGCCUGCAGGAGACAGUCACUUUGGGGAGCCUGUGUAAUUUCUCUCCUCACUCUCUGGCCAGCUGAGGUGAAUAUUAAAGGGGAGUAUUAAAGGGGUGACCACAGCAGCCGCUGCACCCAGAGAGCUCUGUGAAUCAACUUCAUAUCUGACUUUGAGAAGCAGAAGAGCUGUGGAUGACACCUUAUCGAUAACCACAGUGAAGGGGCCUGUGACAGAGCGGCUCGUUCUACAAGGGCAGGGAAAAAGAAAGCUAGAUAUGUGCACACUGUUGAAUGCUCCUGCAGUUUAAUUGGGCUUCUCGAAGAGACCUCCAUCAAUCAUCAUCUAUUUGUAGCCCAAUGACACUUUGUCCAUCAGAGAAUAAUGAACCCAACAGCUAAACUUGAGAAUCUAGAAGCAAGCCAGGAGAGAGCUCCAUUCAGAAACUAAAGGUCACAACAUUGUAACUAGGGGAGUCCAUCCUCCUCUGGUUGGCACAGGGCAUUAGCUGAAACCACUGAGACGUAGAAAGACAGUGUAAGAAGACUGAGUAGCAGGUUUAUUCUGGUCCUGCAGAGUUCGCCCCAUAUUGGGCUCCAUCAGUCUUGCCAAUAGUAAAUGCAAUGUGAAUGAGGGCGACGUGGUUGGUGGGCGAGCGAGAGUAGACCGAGCACCAUCUGUCCUCUCUCCACUCUGCUGCCAGAUAGACAGCCAUUGCCCAAGCUCAGUUAAUAUCUCCCUCCCUGGAAGUGUGAAUUGGUUCCUUCAUGGUCCGCUGAAUUGAUUGAGAGGUGACAGAAUGGGUUUCAUCGUACUGCAUAUACAGUAUGUUAUCAUCCAUCCUCCCACUUACCUUCUGUUCUCUAACUGUGUCCUGUGCUGACAGGUUUAAACGCUCAUCCAGUAUCUUGUCUGCUUUCUCUCCCCUUUCCUGCAUGCCUUCCUGGGCUGUUCUCUGUUCUCUAUAGAGCUGGACAUCCAUGCAGUGACAGGCAUCAUAGUUGGUGUGUGUCUGGGGCUGCUCAGCAUUCUCCUUUGUAUGUGUGUCAGCUUCCGCAACGGCAAGGCCAGGUAAGAAGGGGCCACUUGAAAGCAAAUUACUGUGUCUAUUUUAGUAUGUCUACUUCAGUAUGUACGUCUAGGAUUUUAGGAUCAUUAAGCUUUCACUGGCAUUGUAAGAUUUAAGGGAAGGUGUGUGUGUGAAGCUGCAGCUGCAGAGAGACAGACAGGCAGAUGUUGGGGAGUGUAUCCUGAAAGACAGAGCACCACAGAUGGCUGCUCUUGGUCUAUUGUGAAGCUGUGCGAUUAAUGAGCAGGAAAGAAUAUGAAAUAUCAUGUUUCCCUGCAUUGGGUUUGGCAGGGUGUGCAGUAAACUGAUUUAAAUAGAAGUGGAGGAUUUGGAGAUGUUUUGUAUAGCUACAGUAUUAGGGUGACUUUUGUGUUAGACCCAGGGGGGGUCCAUGUCUUCAUGCUGCACAUUUGACAUUUCAGAUUUGAAUAUUUUUGAAUAAUUUUGCAUUAAUACGGAACCAUUAUUAUUACUGUCUGUUUAGCUCAACUGUUUGAAUUUCAGUGUGUACUAUAGUGAAUCCAGCUAGCCAUCACAAUUUGAGAUGGUGCGACAAUAUUUUGUUCAUCCUACUGUUAUAGUUUUAAUGACUGCCUAUGACAAUGCAUUCCUCAUAUUUGUUUUUAAAGGGAUACUUCGGGAUGUUGGCAAUAAGGCCUUCCUUUAUCUACUUCCCCAGAGGCAGAUGAAAUCAUGGAUAACAUUUUUAUGUCUCUUUGUCCAGUAUGAAGGAAGUUAGAGAUGGUUUUGUGUUAGCGCAAUGACUGGAAGUCUAUGGGUAUCUGCUAGCAUGCUAGUAUAUACCCAUAGACUUCCAGGCAUUGCGCUAACGCUAGUUAGCAUUGGCUUGAGAAACUACCUCCAACUUCCUUCAUACUGGACACAUAGACAUAAAAAUGGUAUCCACAAGUUCAUCUGACUCUGGGGACGUAGAUAAAGGGCCAAAAUCCUGAAGUAUUCCUAUAAAAACGACAAUUGUUUAAUGAUCAUCCUUGUAUUUAUACUGUGCUCUGAGUUGAGACCAUGUGCAGUGAGUUAACCCUAACCCCUAACCAGUGUCCCUCCUCUGUGCUGUGUAACCAGAGAGGUGUCUGGGGGGCUGGACUCCACAGCUCUACCCCCACAGUACCGUCGUGGGGGUAGGUCUGUACCCACCAUGGUGCCAGAAUGCAGUGAUUGCCAUGAGCUAGAGACCCUGAUGCCCCUGGGCAGCCUGGACCAUGACCAUGACCCCGCCCAACCCCUCACAGAGCCCACUGAGGAGCACAGCCUCAUGGGUAAUGUAGGAGUAGGGGACGAUGCCCUAGGAGCUGAGCUCAAGGUGAGUAGUCAGGACACAACUACAAAUGCAGCACUUAGUGUGACAAAUAUAGUACUUUUCAAGGUUACUUGUGUAAGUGAGGAACCGGUUGUCUUCGUUUGGUUCAGUCGUGUUUUUCUUCUGACUUUGUCAUUCUCCAGGCUGCUUGGAAUGGGUCAGUUAGUCGUAACUGGGCCAACCGGAUCACCAGAUACAGGGAUACCAUCACAGAGGACUCUCCAACUCUCAACAAUGGAACUCUGGACAUGGCCAAAACAGAGAAUGGCAAGGUAUGUGAGCAGAGUUUGUGUGUAUGUGUGUAUUUGUGUGUUUGUGUGCGUGUGUAAAAGAAUAAGAGGUAGAUGGGGUAGAGAGUGGUUUGUGUGUGAGCGUAGUUUGUGUGUGUGUGCGAGUGUGCGUGUAGAAGAGCAGUAAGAGAGAGUUGGUGUGGAGGUAGAGUGGUUUGUGUGAAAGCUGAACAGGAAGUAAUGAAACAGUGAACGAGGUAUCAGGAUGACGUAUAGCUAAUUAGAACGUGACACUCUGGCUGAAAACUAAAUGAGCCGCUUGAUCAUGCAUCUGAUAAAUGAAUUACUCUGCCACUGUUAAGGCGCUCUCAUACCCUUCAAAAGUGUGGGAGUGGAGAGCUAUAAUUAAUCUAUAAUGAAUCCCUAAUUUAUUUUGCAGUCACGCCACAUACCACCACUGCUCUAUUUUGCUGGUGACAUUUAAAUCGUAUUCUCAAUGAUUUAAUUUAGACAAUGGUAUGCAGUUCAGAAAGCUGGAUAGCAUAGCAAGAAAUAAUGACUGUGUUAUAUUGUAUUAUGGCUGCCUUUCUGUUAUGAUUGACACCACUGCUGUAAGGUCAUUUACAGUUGUAUGUUAAUACAGAACAACAGGAGUAAAAACACACUGCCUUGUAGGACUCCACUGUUACAUGGGCUGACUGUAUGAAAUUAAAGAAUGAAAUGUCUGCUAACUGUGUGUGUGUGUGUGUGUGGUGUGUUUCAGGGCGACCCUGAGGACCGACUGGGCUCCUCCCUGUGCAGCAGUAACCAGGUGGAGGCAGAGGUAAUAGUUCACUCUGAGCUGUCCGACCUGGAGAAGGAGCAGCAGGAGGCGCAGAGUGACGGGGAGGAGGACUCUCAGGCCACCAGGGGGCCCUUACUGUCCGAGGCAUCUUACUCCCCAGUCAGACAGCCUGCCCAGGCACCACAACAUCCACGAGAGCCAGUCAGACAGCCUGCCCAGGAACCACAAUAUCCAGGGGAGCCAGUCAGACAGCCUGCCCAGGCACCACAACAUCUAGGGGAGCCAGUCAGACAGCCUGCCAAGGCACCACAACAUCCAGGGGAGCCAGUCAGACAGCCUGCCCAGGCACCACAACAUCCAGGGGAGCCAGUCAGACAGCCUGCCCAGGCACCACAACAUCUAGGGGAGCCAGUCAGACAGCCUGCCAAGGCACCACAACAUCCAGGGGAGCCAGUCAGACAGCCUGCCCAGGCACCACAACAUCCAGGGGAGCCAGUCAGACAGCCUGCCCAGGCACCACAACGUCCAUCACAAGGGGAGGAGUCCCUAGAGACACAACCCCUGCCCAAGGUCCCAUCCGGCCCUGUCCUGGAGCCAGUGUCCAAUCACAAUGGGCAGCCAGAGGGCAUGGUUGGGGGCAUGAUGGGCGUGGCAGCCCAACUGACUGUAGAUGUGGGGCGGCACCCAGGAAUGGGGCUAACCAACGGCUUCCACUCCACCAAGCCCCUGCGGCCGGGGCAGGAGACCCUGGGGAACGGGGACUCCAGACACUGCCCUGCUCCCCCGUCCCCCUCUCCUUUUGUCAGCGCCGGCCUUGUCCACUCUAACUCAGCAGCGCACAGCUAC